CUAUUUGAGAACAAAAAUCACAUUAUAUAAACCUGAAGAAAUGUACCUAACCAAGAUAUUAAGUAGUGACAUUGGUUAAAAUCUGAGAGUAGUAGUGAUGGAUGGUAUGGUUCAGCUGCAGAAGAACCUUUUUGGUUAUACUGAUUCCCUAUUCCAUGAGGGGUUUCUAGAUGAUCAAUUCAACCAGCUUGAGCAACUUCAAGAUGAAAAAAAUCCAGAUUUUGUUGUUCAAGUGAUCACUCUCUUUUUUGAUGAUGCAGAGAGGCUUCUUAAGGAGCUAACAACAUCACUAAGCCAAGAAAAAAUUGAUUUUAAGAGAAUGGAUGCUCAUGUUCACCAAUUGAAAGGUAGCAGCUCCAGCAUUGGUGCACAGAGAGUUCAGAAAGCCUGCAUUUCCUUCCGUGACUUUUGCACUGAGCAAAAUGUUGAAGGGUGUUUGAAAAGCUUGCAACAAGUAAAGCAUGAGUAUUCCUUGGUGAAAAGCAAGCUUCAGACUCUUUUCAAGAUGGAGGAGGAGCUUUUGGCCUCACGCUUAUCAGAUCUCAAGGUAGUGUGAUAUAAGAGGCACUGGUGAUUGCUACAUUUGUGAUAUGCAAAUGGCACUUGGAAAAAAGCAUCUCUAAAAGUUGUAUUUUGAAGUUGUUUAUGAUUUUGUGUCUUUGUGGAUCUUGGUCUAUUUUAAACUGGAUUUAUCAUUUAAACUAGAGUUGAUCCAUAUUUAGUCCAAAAGCAAUGUGAAUAAAGUACUCAUGCUUCUUCUGUGGUUAAUUUACAGAAAAAUGUGCAAUAUUCA